AUGUAUCGGAAGUUGUCUAAGUUAGAACACUCGGAAAUAAAACAACUUCUUACAGAAGCUAAUAUAGAUGUUGCAAAGCAUUACGCAACAAACAAAAAAGCACUCGCUGACUUCAUUAAAGACUAUAAUGGUGCAAUAAGUUAUGAUAGAAUUCAUGAGUUCAUAAAGCCGCAACGCGGCGAGGACGAAGUCCAUGCAAGAGCAUUUCCUUUAAAUGACGUUGCUAUUGACUUAUAUCAUAGACGUUCAGUACCUCAUGAAGUAAGAAGAGAAAUGUUUGACAUAACAAAUGCAAACGUUGGUGAAACAAGAAGAAGAGACGACACACUGAAACAACAGAGAAGAGAGAUGUUUAAGAGCGCUAUAGAACAAGUUCGCAAAGCUAACGAUGUCAUUCGUUCCAUUGACGACAAACCAAAAGAAGGUGAGAGAUGGUUAAAGAAAGAUGAAGAGAAUAGGAAGAGAAAUGUGAAGUCAGGCA